UGCGCAUGCGCGUAGAGGGCGAGCGGCAGGAGGCCGGUGGGUCAAGGUGGCGCUGGGCUACAGGGUCCUUGUGGGGAGUUUCGGGGAGCUCUUGGACCCAGGCUUCUGGGACGCGUCAGGUGAAGGGAGCGCUGGCUUUGCCUUCAUCAGGCCAAAGAUGCCCUUCUUUGGGAAUACAUUCAGUCCGAAGAAGACACCUCCUCGGAAGUCUGCAUCUCUCUCCAACCUGCAUUCUUUGGACCGGUCAACCCGGGAGGUGGAGCUGGGCUUGGAAUAUGGAUCCCCCACUAUGAACCUGGCAGGGCAGAGCCUGAAGUUUGAAAAUGGCCAGUGGAUAGCAGAGACGGGGGUUAGUGGAGGUGUGGACCGGAGGGAGGUCCAGCGCCUUCGCAGGCGGAACCAGCAGCUGGAGGAAGAGAACAAUCUCUUGCGGCUGAAAGUGGACAUCCUGUUAGACAUGGUAAGGCAGCUCUCAGAGUCCACUGCUGAAUCCCAAUUAAUGGAGAAGGAACUGGAUGAACUGAGGAUCAGCCGGAAGAGAAAAUGAAGACCCCAGAGCCAUUCAUUACGGAGUAGGAUGUGGCUAAGUGCUUUUUUUUUUUUUCGGUCAGACUAAUGAUUUGGUCCUGGGAGAGAGUAUCAUAUAAUGGGACCCACAGGCACUGGCACCCUUGGGUUGGCAAUCGAAGGUGAGAUGGAAUGGAGAAGACCAAGAUUCCAGAUGGGGGCAGUAAUGAGAAGGCGCUUCACAUGCACUGUCUGCGGAUGCCAGUCUGAAAACCAGACUGCGUGGAGGUCUGGGUCUGCUGAAGAGCUUUUGGGUGCUCUCCAUGCACAUAAGCUUGCAAACACACAUGUCCCAGAAUAGCUCUGUUGGGAGAAGUGGCUGGAGUUCAUCCUCUCACCCCCUUACGUCGGUGUUUAGGGUGUGGCAGCAGUUCUACAGAGCUCUAUGUUGGGGGUCAUAAAUGAGAGGCUCUCCUGGCUCUUAAAGGCAGCCCUCUCUCUUCCUGCCUUUAAAGAAUCGUCCUCCCUCACACCCAGCCUCCUCUGGCCUUUGCUUCUCAACAGCAAGCACCAGCCUUCCUCAGCAACACUAUGUUUUAUGCUACUUUCCUGUUUGCACUACUUUUUUAUUAAAUGAUCUUAAAUGAUCUC